AUGAUGGCCUCGAAAGCCGGUGCGGCGAAUACGUCUCUGAAGCUGCUGUUCAAGGACGAUCUGCCCAAGGGUGGGCUCACGUUCAAGUUCACGAGUCCGCAAAAGGAGGCAGACAGGCAGCGGGUGCAGGACCUCCUGAUCCCGUUCGUGCAGGCGAACAAGACGGCCGAGAGUGCCGCCGCCAGUACCGCUGCGGGCACGCCAGCGGGCGGAACGCCGGCAGCGGGGACGCCGACCGCCGGCCCCUCGGGCGCGGGGGGUUCUGGGUCGGGCACAGCCUCGCCUGCCGUCUCGACGCCGGUGGGAACGCCGGGCACGCCGUCAGCCCUGGUGCGGAAGCGGAAACACGAGGACGACGCGAGUCGGAAGCGGACGAACAUUCUGCGACAGCGCGUGCUCCGCCGCGACCCGACGCUGAAGGAGCUGCACCGCGCGCUCGUUCUCGGAAAGCAAAUCAGCGAGGACGAUUUCUGGAGCGGGCGCGAGGCGCUUCUGCGCGCCGAGGAGAUAGCGCACAGCCAACGACCCGGUCGCAGUUCCCGCCUGCUCGACGACCGAUUCGCAUUGAACGAGCAGCAGCCCGCGUUUAAGGGUGGCACGGGCGUCGGCGUCAAGAAGGCCGAGAGCGGGCCGCUGAAACUGAACAUCACAAAGGAGCUGACGCGGGAGAUCUUUGAGGAGUUCCCCGUCGUACAGGACGCUUAUGCGAAGCACGUCCCGCCGCUCUCAGAGGCCGAGUUCUGGAAACGCUACUUUGAGUCUACGCUUUGGGAACGGCAUCGUGCCUCCACGCGAAAGACGGCGCUGGACGGCAGCGCGGGCAAGAAGGACGACAUCUUCGACGCAUACCUGGAGGAUCCGGACUGGGAACUGGCACCACGGAAGGAGAUCACGGGCGGCGUGGAGACGUUCCUGGACCUGGCUGCGACGGAGGAGGAUCACGGCGAAUCCACGCUCAGGCGGGACGUGACGAUGCAGGCGGGCAAGCAGCGCGAGUCCCUCCCUUUGAUCCGACGGUUCAACGACCACUCGGAGAAACUGCUCAAAGCCGGCGGCAGCAGUGCGCCAGAGGACAUUGUGUCGCAGAUCGAGCUCGAGGAGCUGAACGCCGCCGAGCCCGCGGCCCCGAUCGCGCUCGAUGUGCGGGGUCCAGACGUCGCCGCGUCGGCAUCCACGGUCUUCCUGCCCGGUUCAAGUUUGGAGGAGAAACGCGCCCUAGUCGAGAAGGAGGCGGCCAAGGUCUCGGCUUGGUCGCCAGACUUUGCCGCCGUGUGUCUCCCCAACCCCGCCAACCCGGCGCAGGACAGCGAGCCCUCGCCCGAAGCGGCCGCCGCAUUCGCAUUCCAGCGCGACGCCCAGGCCGUCGCGACGCGCACGGUUCGGGAUCUCUAUCUCGCCUCGAACGCGGCGUCGCAGCCCCUCUCCCGCCUCCCGGCCAGUAUCAUUGAGGAAAUGCGCCUGUUGCACAAUGCGACGACCGAGUUCCUGCGCCAAUACUAUGGAGCCAUCCACCCCCCUCCGCCCGGCGCGCUGGGCGGACUCACGCCACAGCAGAGACAGCAGAAGGCCGCCAAGAUGCUGAAAUACCUCCAGGGCACGGAGGCUAAGAUUAACGCUAUUGUGACUAUUGGCGAGAUCGAGCGUGUUGACCCCGAACGUAUCCGGGCCGUGCUUGCGCCGACGCUCGGCGCGGUCAAGGUCGCGCUGGAACGGGAUGCGAAACGGAAUCCGGCGCCGGUGGCUGCUAAAUGA